AUGGAAGAUAAUAUUGAUCCAGGCCCUUCGGCGGAAGUGAGCGAGAGAGAGAGAAAUAUUGGCUCAGAUGAAAAUAAUCCAGAUCAAGAGAAUAUUGAAAUUGAAAAUACGAAUGAUUUAAAUUCUGAGGUGAAUUUAAAUUUAGAUUCAAAAUUUAAUGGUGAUUUAAGGCAAGAGAAUAACGAUGAAUCCGAUUCCAAAGUGAAUGAGAGAUUACAUCCCUAUAUUACUGAUGCCAGAGAAUCGCCUGUUCCUGAGUUCGAUGAUGAUGAUGAAGAAGAAGAAGAUGAUGAUUCGGAAGAGUAUGAUUUGACAGAAGAUGAAGAUGAUCUUCAAGAUCCUGAAACUUUAGCCUCAACCAUUAUCCAUGAAAUUCAGGAAGGUACCUACUCAUGUUUGGUUUGUACAGGGGAGAUAGAUCAGUUUUCAGAAAUAUGGUCUUGCUCCAGCUGUUACAGGGUAUAUGAUUUGGAAUGUAUCAAUGAUUGGGCCAUUAGAGGUUCUUCAACCAAUAAAACUACUAAAGAAUGGAGAUGUCCAUCAUGUAAUGUUGCAACCAAAAUCAUACCCAAGACUUUUAAAUGUUGGUGUGGUAAAGUCACCAACCCAGAAGCUAAUUCAUUCUUACCAUUUAGUUGUGGGAAUACAUGUAAUCAUAAAUAUGAUGAUUGUAUUCAUGGAUGUAGUUCAGAAUGUCAUCCCGGAGCCCAUCCAAUUUGUGGUGCUUUAGGACCUCUUAUGAAAUGUCAAUGUGGAAAAGAGUCAAGACAAUUACCAUGUUUGAUAACUCCUUACGAAGAUGGAUGGGAAUGUGAAUCACCCUGUGAUACUAUUAUUUGUAAUUUGAAUCAUCCAUGCAAAAGAGGUUGUCAUUCUGGAUUUUGUGGUCCAUGUGAUGAAAAAUUAUCCUUACCAUGUUAUUGUGGAAAGCAUAUUUUAGAUAUUGAAUGUGCUAACAUUGAUCCAAAACAAUGUCAAGAUGCAACAGAAAAAUCAUGGAUCGGAGUUGGUACUUGUACAGAAAAGACCGUCCUUUAUUAUGAUUGUCAAAUUCAUUCAGAAGAGUUAACUUGUCAACCGUUACCGGAUAAACUUAAAGUAUGUAAACUUGAUCCAUCCCAAAUUUCAACCUGUUAUUGUGGUCAAACUCCCGUUGCAAUUGAAGGUAGAACAAGUUGUACUGAUCCUGUCCCUACUUGUGAAAAGAGGUGUAAUAAAUUAUUACCAUGUGGAUGUACAUGUUUACUUCAAUGUCAUGCUGGUGAAUGUGAAUGUUAUAAUAUCUUUGAUGUUAAAUGUGCCUGUGAACAUGAACUGUUCUCGGUUCCUUGUAAAUUUAUUCAACAAGGCUAUAAACCAAAAUGUCGUCAUAGAUGCCUGGCAUUGCUUAGUUGUCGUAAGCACUAUCACAGAGAAGAGUGUUGUCCAGCAGAACAAACUGCUAUGAAGAGAGAAAGAGAAAAGAAAAAGGCUAUAAGAAAUAACACCAGAUCAAACUUUAAUGACGAAGUGAUGACUAUAGAGUCAGAACACAUUUGUACCAAGACGUGUAAUAGACUUAAAUCAUGUGGAAAGCAUUAUUGUGAUGCCUUAUGUCAUAGUGGACCUUGUCCAGUAUGUUUAGAAUCGACUGAUGAAGAUUUGAUAUGUCAUUGUGGAAAAACCGUGAUCGAGGCACCUGUUAGAUGUGGUACUGUACUUGUAUGUCAUGAACAGUGUGUCAGACAACCAGCUUGUGGUCAUAGACCUGAGAUUCAUGAAUGUCAUGAUGAUUCUGUACCAUGUCCUGGAUGUACUGUGUCCGUCAAAAAGACAUGUAAUUGUGGUUUAAAAGAUGAUUUACCUGGUAUUCUUUGUCUACAAGAAAAUGUCUCUUGUGGUAUUCAAUGUAAGAAGUCUAAAGCUUGUGGUCAUCCUUGUUUGAGAGUAUGUUCUAGCAGAUGUACUGUUGAUGAUGUUCAUAACAGUUCAACAUUAUGUCAAUCUCCAUGCAGUAAAGUUAGAACCAAUUGCCCUCAUUUAUGUAAGUUGAAAUGUCAUUUUAAUAAACCAGGUCAAAGUAUUAAAUGUGAUGCAAGAAAAUGUCCUGAGUUGAUUCAAGUUAGUUGUGAAUGUGGAUUAAUCAAAUCAAAAAUACCAUGUGGAGCAACUUUAGAAGAACAAUCUGCGAUUGGAACUGUAUUAGAAUGUACUGAAGAAUGUAUUCGUUCCAAACGUGAUGCCGAGUUAAGAGCAGCUUUGAAUGUUUCGAAAGAUGAAAUUAAACUUGCCAGUGAUGACAUUCCUUAUUCAAAUAGUGUCAUAUCUACAUAUGAAAGACAAAGUGUAUGGUGUGGCAGAAUUGAAGAUUUGAUCAGAACGUUCAUAGAUGAUUAUAAUGUUCAAUUAGAUAAUGGUAUUAAAUCUCCCAAGAGAUCUCAUCAUUUCCCACCAAUGAAUUCCCCACAGAGACAAUUUGUUCAUGAAUUAUGUGAGGCAUUUAAUUUGUAUCUGGAGUCACAAGACGAAGAACCAAAGCGGUCUAUAUUUAUAGUGAUUACCAGAAACACCAAGAUUCCAUUAUUAACCAUUAAAGAAGCUAAGAGAAUCAGAGAUGAUAUUAUACUGGAACAAAAUAAAGCUGCAGAAUUAAAGAAAGCUGAGAUUGAUGCAUCAACAUUUAACGCUUUAGUCAUCGAAGAUGUGUUCUUUGGUAUUGUUAUUGAUGAUUUAAAAGAAGAGUUAAAGGACGCGGUAGAGAACUCAGGUAUUAGUAAACCAACUUUCCAAUGGAUGAAGGGAUCUACAUUUGUAUUUUAUUCAGAGGAUAAUUACAAAACUUGCACAACCAAUCACGAAGAUGAAUUAUAUUUGUUAAUGAAAUCAUUUAAGAAUAUCCUUCGAAUGAAAUCAUUAGCUUUUGAUUGUAAAUUAUGUUUAAUUGAUGAAGAAGUAUCAUAUAUUUUGAAAAUAGAUGAUAAAUUAAAGCCUUCCAAAGAUUUACUGCCUGUCCCAAGACCCGUCAGUGCUAAUGCAUUUGAAGCUCUACAAUUAGAUGAUGAUAAUAAUUAG